GUCCCGGCGUCCCUGGCGACCGGCGCUGUUCCAGUCUUGAGGAGCCGCUCUCUCUCUCUCUCUCUCUCCUGUUUAACGUGACCAGGGCCCGUGCAGCUGCUGCAACAUGUUCAAGAACGAAUAUCAGGGAGGACCAUUUGUAGAAAUCUUUAGCUCCCAAGGGAAGGAUCCGGUAGCAAAAUGGAAGCUGUGUGGCAGUCCCGCAAUCCAUAAAGUAUUUGAUAAGGAUGUCAGGAGCUACGUCUAUGUACUUGAAGGUAGCAGUCAGAUAAAUAAGAUGCAGCUGCCAAUGGACAGUAAGCAGACACUUGGACUCAUCCAACGGUUUCUGCUCCUGCAGCUCUGUGUGCCAAUGGGACAAGACUUCUCCACAGAAUUGUUGAUUACUGAUUUGGGGAGUAUCAAGCGCCGACUAUAUUUAUCAACUAUACACAAAGAGCUGACUGCAACCCCACUGCAUGCGAAAAUUCCGCUCUCUAUUAUCAAACGUAAAAUCUGGAUCAAUUUUUGCAUUGACUUGGUGUCAUUUACCCAUGAAGCAUUUAAAGGAGCAACAUUUCAGUCCUUGGAUGGCAUUGUCGUCACAGCCAACUGCAAAUUACGGAAAAUUUUCACAAUGAAACUACAACCAAAUGAUACGACUUAUGAAGAUGACAUGAUUAAUUUCCCUUGCUUUACUGAUGGACCCACAGAUAUGAUUCCUAAGAGCUGUCAAUUAGGCGUUGAUGUGAAUCAAGUUACACAACUCCUGAAUGUGUUCAUACUCAAGCAAGCAGAAUUAAGAAUUGGCAGCCAAUCUUUCAGCUCAACAGAUUUAGAUCAGUUAAACAGUCGUGGGACAGCUCAUAUCCGUGGUAUUAAAAGCCAGGAUACAUCUCACAUUGCAUUUGGAACAAAAGUACUUGGACCUCAACCAAAUAGUGGAAGAAAAGGAGGAGCUAAAGAUAUAUUGGUUUCAUUGGAUAACAGAACAGCCAGGUCUUCCUACCAGUCUCGCUCAGGCAGAGGAGCAGGUUCCGAUAGACCACUUGGCAGGUUUGAACGACUGACUGCGACAACCCAGGAAGGUACUCACUCCACAAGACAAACAUCAGGCAACUCUACUUCAGAAGAACAUCGAAUUGUACAGCCGCGUCUCCCACAGGAAUCUGCUUCUGAUGAGAGCAAUCGUAGAAAAUUGCAUGUGCGCAGUGGUAGCAAGGAGAAGACUGGAUUGAUCAAUGGCACCAUGUCACCAAGUCAUGCAAGAUAUGGAGUAAAGCCCUGUGAAGUGUCAACGGUUCCACCAUAUGGUGGUACCUACAGUAAAGAUGCCUUAAACAACCACUCCCUGCUUUAUCAGAGUCCAAGGCAACCAGCAGAUCGGGCCAAAGAUGAAUGGCAUUUUCCUGACCAUGUAGAGGAGAGUUUGCAAUUCAGCUCCCCUGAACACUCCCCAGCCUACCUGAAGCAUUCCAGGGAACAUUCCCACUUCAAAUUAAAUGAGAGCAGCAAAGAGAAUGAAAAUGGUUCAACAUCUGUAAGUGAAGAUGAGGAGAAGGAACAUGAGUUAAAACAAAAGGGCAUCUUUACAUAUUCAUCGUGCCCACGAUCAGCUCCUCAUGGAAAGGUCCUGAGCACCUCAACGGAAGGGCUACCAUGUCCGGAGAAUUUGAGGAGUGAUGGAGAUAGGAGAGGCGCAAGACUGGAAGAGGAUUUCCAUGGAAGUGUUAGCAAUGAGGAGAAUGAUUUACAGAUUAGAACUGUCAGACAGCCUUCAAGUGCCAGAAUGAGUCUCACAAACUCUGAAGCCUGGGUGCUCAAUUUCGGUUUAGUAAGCAACUCCAAGAAAGAAUCCCAGAGUUCGGGGUCAGGAUCCUCUGGAGGAACCGUAAAAGCUUCUUCAGCAGAACGAGAAUUGAAAAGAAUCCCUACUCCUGUACUGAUCAAAACAGACCCAGAAAGAUUUCGGAGCAGCAUUACUCCAAUGCGCAGCAGAUCCCCUGCUAGACAAAAAGUUUCAGACACAGUGGCAACAAGUGUGGCAAAGAUAAAAGGUCAGAUGAACCACUCCAGAACAUCAGUGGUCAAGAAAUCGUUAAAAGAAAUCCCGAAGGAGGAUCCAAGGCUUACCUCAGAAAAAUCUGAAUACAACUGGCAGAAUUAUCAGCCGAAAGAUAUGAGCGAAUCUGAUGAAGCACGGAUGCUGGCAAGCUUACGGAGGCAGCAGCUUGAGGAACUGGAAGAUGACGGGAAGUCCAAUCAGCUGAACGCGGUUCAGCUUGGCUACUGUGUCUAUGGUGAUGACAGCAUCAGCACGAGCAGUGAUGACACCAGCAUCUGGAGCACCCAUCACACAGGUCCACCAGUCAAUCAGGGGCAUCACUAUCAAAAUGAAAUGCUUUUGACUUUGUCUCAGAAAAAAAUGAAUCCUCUUCUUCUUUCCAAUCCACGAGAAUGGGGAAAUAUCUACAGUCCCCCCAUCAUACUGCCCAGCGAGCAGCUUAAACAGCAAAAAAACAGCCUUUCACCCAGACAACCCAGUGUUCUUCAGGAUAUCAGAAAUAACACCAGCAGUGAUGCGGAAGACGAGGAUGAAGUACUGGAUCUUCUCUAUGAUCCCUGUUUGAAUUGCUAUUUUGAUCCAAAAACAGGGAAGUAUUAUGAGCUGGCAUGAUUCAGAAAAUCAAAGCCUUCAAAAAGCAGUGCUGCACGGCAGCAGCUAUUGGAAUUCCUUCUAGUAGUGCAAGGGAAUCGAGCAAGCUUCUGGCGAAACAAGCAGUCGUCACAAAACAGGGGUACACUCAGAACUGAAGGGUGGUGUGAAUUAUUUAUUUUCAAGUGAUAAAGAAAUUAGUGUUUUCACCCUUCAAAAAUAAAAAGUGAGAACAAAAUCACUAAUUUGUGUUUUAAAUACAAAAAGCUGUUUAAA